AUGUGUUCACCGGUCGAUUUUUCUUUUUAUUCACCCUGCUAUAGGAAUACAAGGAAAAGAGAGGAAAAGGAAUAUCGUCUAUCAGCUACGGACAUUCACAACAUCCAUACUCAAGGCAAAGAUUAUGUUGGGACGAGAGUCAAACUUUCCUCCAUGUGUGUAUUUUCCACAUCAAGCGCACGCGCGACGAGACAGCGAGGCCGACAUGACACCAUUGCAAUUAAUGACAGAGACGUCACUUGUACAAUCUUCAAGAAUAAACACGCAUUCCUUUGAGCGGGUUUUUCCUUCAUAAGCCACAGUUCAUCAGCAGCGAAACUACAAAAC